AUGGCGGCGGUCGAGGCGGUUGGAAUGGUCCACCGUAUCCUAAUCAAGGGUUACUACCCAAACCAACCGUACCCACAACCUGGCUUCCAGAACAGCCCCCAUCGCGGAGGACAUGGCGGCUACCGCGGCAACAACUUCAACGGCCCCGACCGCCGAAUGUCAGGUCCUGGCGCAAACGCACCGUUUGGCGGUCCAGGCGGACGAGGGCGUGGCGCGCCUACCCAAUUCUCCAACUUGUCAUGGACGCCAGCGUCAGGCACUCGAGGCGGCCGCCCAGCCACUGAAGCGCCACGCCCACAGCCCGCUGUCGCGUCGCAAGUACCUGCCGACUCUGCAUCUGUGGAUGCUGAUGACAACCCCUUCCGCCCAUCCAAAGAUCUGCGUGUAGAAGACGAGGGUUCCAAAGAGGACAAGAGGAUGGCACCUUCAAAGGCACCGACAGCACCCAAGUCAGGAUUUGGCUUUUCGUUGAAGACCAAGAAUCCUGUGCCACCAGCGAGCAAAGCAAAGCCUGGAGUGGAAGAGCCUGAGAAGCCUGCGCCUGCUUCCAAAGAGUCUCUUCUUGACCCCAAAGCAAAGGCGGCAGCGGCAGCGGCAGCGGCACGUGAAGCUUCCCCGCGUCACUCAGAAGCACGAAGCGAUCGGGAUCGGGACGCGAGGGACAGAGGUUACGACAGUGGCCGCGACCGAGACAACAGGGAACGAGAUCUGCGAAAGUCACCACCCCCUCAUAUACCCAAGACUAAGAUCGUUAUGAGGAAGCGCAUGAAACCUCGGCCUACGCUGGUCCCUGAACAUGCAGCUUCAGAGUCUGUAUAUUACCGGAAGCCCGGUAACGAAUCGGUGGUUGGAUCCGGCACCUACGGAAAGGUCUUCAAGGGAGUCCAUGUCUAUACGAAGGAUAUGGUAGCUCUCAAGAAGAUUCGUAUGGAGGGCGAACGCGAUGGCUUCCCCGUUACGGCCAUCCGUGAGGUCAAACUUCUGCAAUCUCUUAAUCACGCCAACAUCGUUAAUCUCCGAGAAGUCAUGGUUGAGAAGAACGACUGCUAUAUGGUUUUCGAAUACCUUUCCCACGAUCUUACCGGUCUUUUGAACCACCCGACCUUCAAGCUCGAACAAGCACACAAGAAGGACCUGGCCAAACAGCUCUUUGAAGGCCUGGAUUACCUCCACCGCCGCGGCGUUUUACAUCGAGACAUUAAGGCUGCGAACAUCCUUGUAUCCAAUACCGGACAAUUGAAACUGGCAGAUUUCGGUCUUGCACGUUUCUACGCGAAAAGCAGUAAGCUCGACUACACCAACCGGGUCAUUACCAUCUGGUAUCGAUCACCGGAGCUGUUGCUGGGAGAAACACAGUAUGGGCCAGCAGUCGACAUCUGGUCGGCUGCCUGCGUACUGGUCGAGAUCUUUACCCGGCACGCUAUCUUCCCUGGCGAUGGCGGCGAGAUCAAUCAGCUGGACAAAAUUUACAACAUACUCGGCACGCCCACUGUGCAGGAUUGGCCUGGCAUUGUCGACAUGCAGUGGUUUGAACUGCUACGGCCAACCGAGCGAAAACAGUCGACUUUUGAGGAGAAGUACAAGGACCGUGUUAGUCCUAUGGCUUUUGAGCUUCUCCAGGCAAUGUUCCUGUUCGAUCCCAAUGCGCGACCCACCGCCGCCGACGUGCUCGAGCAUCCUUUCUUCACGAGCGAAGCCCCGCCACCAAAACGUGCCGACGCGCUGAAGGAGCUGGAGGGUGACUGGCACGAGUUCGAGAGCAAGGCUCUUCGGAAAGAAAAGGAGAAGCAGGACAAGGAGGCGCGGCGUGUUGCGCGGGAAGAGAAGGAUACUGCAAGGAAGGACGAGGGUAAAAGACGGGCCGAGGCAAAUGCUGGCGAGGAAAGGGACGCGAAGCGAGCGAAGAGCGGUGAUGUUACGGCGUAG